AUGUCGGGCCCGACCCUCAAGAGACUUUCGGCGCCGCCGUUAUCUGUAUUGUUGUCUGUCUCAUUGCUGUUACAAGUGACUGUGACUGUAGUUUCUGGCCAAGAAGAAUAUGUGACAAAGCCAGAUCUCGAUAAUGCAAUUUUGGAAGUGUUUCCUACACCUCCAACUCCAUCACCGCCAUCGGAUCGGUGUAUAUGUGUACCAUACUAUUUGUGCAGAAACAAGACUAUUAAUACAGAUGGUGAAGGAUUAAUAGACAUUAGGUUUAAAGAAGGUCCGUGUCCUAACUACUUGGACGUGUGCUGCUACGAUCCAAUGAAAUCAUCUGAGACUACAAAUAUAUCUUACGAAGAAAAGCGUACAAAAUGUGGCCAGUGGAACUCUGAAGGCGUAGGAUUCAGAAUAACUGGACACUCCAAUAACGAAGCACAAUUCGGCGAGUUCCCCUGGAUGAUGGCGAUUCUUAAAUUAGAAUUUAACCAAUCUAAAACUUACCUGUGCGGUGGUUCAUUGAUUCACCCACAAGUCGUGUUGACUGCAGUCCAUUGCGUCCACAACAAAGACCCGAACGAUCUAGUAAUUCGUGCUGGCGAAUGGGAUUCACAAACGGAAAACGAACUGUUACCGUUACAAGACGGUGAGGUUUUGAAAAUAAUCAAACAUGAAAAAUACUACGGUGGAGCACUUUUCAACGACGUAGCACUAGUCAUUGUCAAGAAACCGUUCUUACUCAGAGAAAAUGUGGGCACUCUAUGUUUGCCCAAACCGAAUUACUUGUUCGACAAAGAAAGAUGCUACGCCAGUGGUUGGGGCAAAAAUGUAUUCGGUAAAUCUGGCGUAUAUCAAGUAAUUUUGAAAAGAAUAGAUUUGCCGAUCGUGCCACGUAGUUCUUGCUUGGCACUGUUAAGAAAGACCAGGUUGGGCAUGAACUACAAAUUACACGAGAGUUUCAUCUGUGCCGGUGGGGAAAUUGGCAAAGAUACUUGUCAAGGUGACGGCGGAAGUCCUCUGAUGUGUCCACUUGAGAAUAGACCACAACAGUUCCAUCAGGCCGGAAUCGUAGCGUGGGGAAUCGGAUGCGGUGACGAGACACCCGGCGUGUAUGUGGAUGUGGCCAUGUUCAGAAACUGGAUCGAUGAGCAGAUGGUUAAAGAAAAUUUUGACAUGAGCUACUAUGAUCCUGAUUACUUUCCACAAGAUUAA